AUGACAUCUACGGUGAAAUUGCAAAAAGCGAUUGAUAAGGCGACAGAUGCAGGAUUAAGGGCCGACAAUUGGGGAUAUCUCAUUGAGGUAUGCGACUUGGUGAAGUUGGAUGCUGAGGAAAAUGGGGAGUUUGCUAUGAACUUGAUUGAGGAUAACCUUUUAGGUAGGAAUGCGAAUGUUAUACUUAGGACGUUGUCUCUUGUGGUAGCUUUGGCGGAAAAUUGUGGGAGUCGGUUGCAACAAGCGAUUAGCAGCAAGCAUUUUACUGGGAUUUUGUUCAAGUUGGUUGAUGAUUCGCGUGUGCACAUCACUGUUAAGCGGGAGGUAGUUAAGACGGUGCAUCAGCUAGCAGAUUCGUUUAAGAAUGAUCCGUCAUUGAAGUAUAUGCAUGAUCUAGAGAACAAGAUAAAGAUUACUCAUCCGCAGUUAUUGUCUGAGCCGAGGGUUCCUAAGAAGAAGGAGAUGUCGCGGGAUAAGGAGCAGGAGGAAGAGAAGGAGUUGGCUGAGGCGCUCAGGCUCUCGUUGCUUGAGUUUGAAAAGAGUAAUGGGAAGCCGAAUGGGAGCGGAGCAGCCCCUAUCAAUAGUGGAGCAUAUCAACCGCAGCAGCAGCAGCAGCCGGAACAGCAACAACCAAAGCAGACUCCUACUACCAUACGUAAAGUGAGAGCAAUGUACGAUUUCAAGGCUACAGAGCAAGACGAAUUGUCGUUCAAGAAGGGCGAUUUGAUCUGCGUUGUGGAACAAGUUUACAGAGAUUGGUGGAGAGGGACUUUGGGCGGACGUGUUGGGAUUUUCCCAUUGAAUUACGUGACUCCUGUCACGGAGCCAACGAAGCAAGAACUGGAACUAGAGGCUCGUAAGGAGGGCGAAGUGUUUGCACAGAAAGAUAACGUGGAUAAGUUGCAGCGGAAACUAAGGGAAGCUGGCAAUGCAGACGUGUCCCAAGACCAAGAGAUUAAUGAGUUGUAUGGUUCCGUGUCGCCAUUGCGUCCGCAAAUAUCGAAGAUGUUGGGUAAGUACUCUCAGAAGAAAGAUGAUCUUCUCUCGUUACGCCAAGUUCUAGCAAAUGCCGAGAUUACCUAUAACCAAUUAUUGAGCAGAGCUUCUAAUGCAUACGCGGCACCAGCACCCCCUCCAACAUCUCAGUAUGCCUCGCCAGGCUAUAGCAUGUCAGCCUCAUCUCAACAGCCGCUACAACCACCGGUUCAAUCACCGGCACCAAUUCAACAGCAGCAGCAACAGCAGCAACAGCAACAGCCAAUACAACAACAGCAACAACAACAGUACCCAUAUGCACACCAGCAGCAAGCUUCUGUACAGCCUAUGGGUCGUCCGGCCGGACAAUCUGCCGUAGAGCCUCAGCAAUACUCGAGACAAUCUUUUGCAUUCCCGCAAAUGCCUAGCCAGGGCUACCCUCAAGCACAGGUUCCCCCGCAACAAAGCCUGCCUUAUCCUCAAGCAACUUCUCCAGUACAACAAAAUCAUCAACAAGUGCCACAGUACUACAAUAUCAACUCUACCGGCACUCUGCCAAAUUGA